GGCGUCAGUGGCGGACACCCUCACACCCACACCGCGAUAUUUGCGAGGGGGCGAGAAGAGGGAGCGGACGAGGAGUGAGGUGAGUAGGUGACCGCGAUGCUGCUGCGGAGCGCGUCCUCGCCGCUGCUCAACUGCGCGCGCGCGCCGGCGUCGGCGGCGGAGCACCACGCGGUGGUGUCGCCGUCGCUGGCGCCCGUGCCGGCGCCGAGGCACGGGGCGGUGCUGUGCCGCGCGAUGUCCGAGGGGGACCUCGCGGCGCAGCUCCUCGCCGUCCCCGCGGUGAGGGUGAAGAAGGACCACGAGGGGUGCGGCCACGGGAGGGCGCCGAGGCUGUCGCUGUCGGCGUCCUCGUCCUCGUCCGCCUCCAUCUCCCUCGAGGAGGAGGACGGCGAGGGCGAGGAGGAGGAGGCCGAGGUCGCGGUUGCCGUGGCCGGGGCCGGCGUGCCGCUGCCGCUGCGGCGGCUGCUGACGAGCACGGGGCUGGACGUGUCCGCGGCCGCGGCGCGGGAGGCGGCGCUGGCGCUCGCGGAGCAGCAGGGUGCCGGGGGCGGCGGCGGGCGCGGAAACGCGUGCGGCUGUGGCCAGGGCGGGGACGCCGCCGGCGGCGGCGACAGCGGCCGCGCCGCCGCGGACGCGCACUACCGGCAGAUGAUCGAGGCGGACCCGGGCAACCCGCUGGUGCUGGUCAACUACGCCAGGUUCCUCAGGGAGGUGGAGGGGGACGCCUCCAGGGCGCAGGAGUACUGCGAGCGCGCCAUCCUCGCCAGCCCCGGCGACGCCGAGGCGCUCUCCCUCUACGCCGGGCUCGUCUGGGAGACCACCCGCGACGCCGCCCGCGCCGAUGACUACUACACCCGCGCCGUCCAGGCCGCGCCCGACGACUGCUACGUCCUGGGCUCGUACGCCGGGUUCCUGUGGGACGCCGAGGAGGACGACGAGGAGAACGACAACGCCGGGUCCUUGCCGCCGCCGUUCCUGGGGGCAGCUCAGCAUCCUUUCAUCACGGCGGCCUCUUAGACGAUGAACUCUGAGAUCUAAAUCCACCACCGGCUGUGAACUAGCUGGAUCCGGGCUCCUUGAAGAGCAACAUGCCAGAAAUCAGAGCGGCCGCUCCGACGAGUCACCGUCCGGCUCGCUGCCGCUUGUGAACUGAAUCUCCGGCCACAUGUAAAACAUGAAUCUGGAAGAGCACAACGCGUCUUGGCUUGAAUUGUAGGGCUAUGUAUAGUAGAUCUCUAGCCUCAGACCCUGCAGAGCUUGUACAUGCACAACGUUCUUGGUCACUUGUGCAUCAGUAGUAGUACCGCUUGUGAAAUAAAAGUCAGAAUCGUUUGUUCCAACUA